CAUGCUUAUUUCCUAAAGGAAAGAGAUGAGAGUUUGAGACCGGAAUCCUAUGUGUGUUGCGUUUCUCUAUAUAUAUCUGUUCGUCUUCUCCGAUUGAUUUAGCGGCAGCUCGGCGAAAGUUUAAUUGCUAUUUGUACUCGUUACUAGCAGUGAAACCUAAAUUUUGGAGAGAGAAUAGAGUAUGAAGGAUAGGAAUUUGGACCUGUUUGACCCUAGAACGGCGGUUAUGGACCCUGAUUACUCUCCUACCACCGGCCGCCAGCCGGAUUUCGCCUUCGCCUUCAACGAUAGCAACUUCUCCGACCGCCUCCUGCGGAUCGAGAUUGUUGCCGACUCGUCCGACCAGCUUUCCGACUCCGAGGGCUGUCAGAGCCUCGCGGAUUGGGCUCGCCACCGCAAGCGUCGGAAGGAGGAUACCAAAAAUGAAAACGCUUUGGAUAUCACCAUAUGCCCAGAGGAGCAGAUUCUUACUUGUCACCAGAUUGAUCCUGAUGAUGUUGAUACUGAAAAUCAAGAAGAGUCGGUGGUUGCAAUGAUUGAAGAAGUACAAUCGGGAGAUGAAGCUCCCAACAGUGAAGAUUCAGAUUGGAACAUGGAUUCAAGGGUUACAAAAGUCAAAACAUUGCAUAUCAGCUCUCCUAUUCUGGCAGCAAAAAGUCCAUUCUUUUAUAAGCUUUUCUCAAAUGGGAUGAAGGAAUCAGAGCAGAGACAAGUCACCCUUCAAAUUCAUGCUUCUGAGGAAGCUGCACUGAUGGAGCUCCUGAAUUUCAUGUAUAGCAAUACACUAAAUACAACUUCUGCACCUGCUUUGUUGGAUAUACUCAUGGCUGCUGAUAAAUUUGAGGUUGCUUCUUGCAUGAGGUAUUGCAGCCGCCAACUACGUAAUUUACCAAUGACUCCAGAAUCAGCAUUGCUUUAUCUAGAGCUUCCUUCUAGUGUUCUGAUGGCUGAGGCUGUUCAGCCAUUAACUGAUGCAGCAAAACAAUUUCUAGCAGCCCGCUAUAAAGAUGUCUCCAAGUUUCAAGAGGAGGUAAUGAACUUACCCUUGGCUGGAAUUGAAGCAAUUUUGUCCAGUGAUGACCUCCAAGUGGCAUCUGAGGAUGCAGUAUAUGACUUGGUUUUGAAGUGGACAAGGAGUCAUUACCCGAAGUUGGAGGAUCGACAUGAGAUUCUUGGUUCCCGUCUCGGUCGCUAUAUACGCUUUCCUUAUAUGAGCUGCCGAAAGCUUCGCAAGAUUCUAGUUUGUAAUGAUUUUGAUCAUGAGUUUGCAUCCAAGCAUGUACUUGAUGCCCUAUUUUUCAAGGCCGAGGCCCCUCAUCGGCAGCGAACCCAAGCUGCAGAGGGAUCUACUUCCGCAAGUCGUCGCUUUGUUGAGCGUGCUUACAAGUAUCGACCUAUCAAGGUAGUGGAGUUUGAGGUCCCUCGGCAACAGUGUAUAGUCUACUUGGACCUAAAGCGUGAAGAGUGUGCUAAUUUGUUCCCAUCUGGCCGAGUAUAUUCUCAAGCAUUUCACCUGGGAGGACAAGGUUUUUUCCUAUCGGCACAUUGUAACAUGGAUCAACAAAGCGCUUUCCACUGCUUUGGUCUAUUUCUGGGGAUGCAGGAAAAGGGUUCUGUGUCAUUCGCUGUCGACUAUGAGUUUGCAGCUAGAUCAAAGCCAACAGAGGAGUAUAUCAGCAAAUACAAGGGUAACUACACCUUUACUGGUGGAAAGGCGGUUGGCUAUCGAAACUUGUUUGGUGUACAAUGGACUUCUUUCAUGGCAGAUGACAGUCCUUACUUCAUCAAUGGCAUACUCCAUCUUAGGGCUGAGCUUACCAUCAGGCACUAACUUCUUUCCACGAUUUCCAACAAAUUGUUAUUUUCAUUUUGGUUAGUUCCAGCCUUGUUUCCCCAGCUCAAAAGAAGUAAGGAAAAGCUAAGGGAAAUUUAAGGUGAUGGCAGUCUAACAGCUAUAGUUUAGAUCUUCAAAAAAUGUGUAUACAUCCAAAUGAAUUGGAAUGAUGAAAAUCAAGUUUGU